UUAGAUAUUCUUCAACAUGCCUUUCAUAUCAUUAAACAUACAAUAAAGACAAGUUUUUCAAUCAAUGAUAUGUAUUCUUAUCGGAGAAAAGCACCUUGGAAUAUGGAUUGUUAGGCAAAGUGUGUAUUCUCAUAUAUAAAAACAUUUUGUACAUACACAUGAAUAGCAUAUUGAAGGUAAAUGAUAAAAAACAUAGUAUGAUUUCAAAGGAGAAACAAACUGAAAGACUUGUGUUAAGUGGAUAUUGUUUUAUCUAAUUACAGUCAUGUCACUUAAACAAAUUGUUAUUUGGCAACAAACCAUCAAACGAAUUCAAAUGAUGAGUUUUGUAGAAAAUGAAGUGUAGCAAUUGGAUAAAGACAAAGAGUUUUUAGACGGAGAAUCAUUUUGCACGGUUUCCAAUGUAUUCACGACGGUUUUCAAACGGUAUAUACAACUUUAAUCAAAGAGCAGGGCGAAGAACAUCUCUGAGGUCGAAAGUUAUUGUGCUUAUACUGGUGUUUCUUCUGACACAUUUAUUUCUUAGAUACUUCUUUCCAAGCGAUGAGAGGCUUUAUGUAUACUACAAUGUUGACGAACUGAAGAUAGAAAAAUCUAUAAACAAUCCUACGUUUGCACUGAUUGUAAGUUACCAGCGGGCAGGCUUUGCUUUGAUUAGUGGUUUGCUAAGUCAUGCAGAUGAGAGCUUUUAUAUUCCUGAACCAUUGCAGAUAUUAUUACCUCACGGAUAUUAUAAAGAGAACAUGGUGUGCUUUGAGAACAGCACAUAUAGGAGACCAACUUCCUUAGCCGAGAGGUAUGAUUUUAUGAUCACUGCAAUUCACCGAUUGUUCACUUGUCAAUGUUCCAAACUACACCCGCUAUCAAAAGCGCUUCUAGUUAAGAGCACCCUUACCGUUUAUAAGAAAAUCAUUUACAAGCACUGCCACUCAGUUCAUUCAGCUUCCAUCCCCAACUGCAUUGAAGAGUUAGAAGAAUUGUGCAAGUCCAAGAGUCACCGUAUUAUCACAACAGAGCGUUCAUCAAUGGAAAAUGUUAUAGAUAUGAUGGAAUACUGGCCAAAUUUAAAGGUAGUCCAUAUUAUUAGAGAUCCACGCGGCAUGGUUCACUCUCGUCUAAAGGUCGGGCAGGAUUUCCAACUUGCGUUUAAUCUUGAAAAUCAUGCAAAUGAACUAUGUUCGCGCAUGUAUGAGGACGUUAAAUUUUCUUGGUAUAUGCAGAGAAAGUUCAAUGAUAGAAUUAGUGCUGUUUCUUACGAGGCUUUUGUCGAGUCUCCGUACUCCGGUACGAGUUUUUUGUACGAUUUUCUCAAUAUGCUUUAUACAGACAAAGUUUGGUACAGAGUUUAUCAUAGCACGCAUGAAAAAGAGGAAGUUGGGUGGAGCUACAAUUCAACACGUGUCGCAUAUAGCUGGAGGACACACUUAGAAUUUCAAACCGUUAAGAUAAUUGACCACUCUUGCCAUGACAUGUAUAGAGUUUAUGGAUAUGAUGAAAUGACUUCAGCAGCCGAACUCCAAAAUCAAAGUGUUCCGACAAGACAUAAAGUUCAGUUUAAUCUUAAAGGAUUUUUAUAAUUUCACGUCGUCCAUAAAUAAGUAAUUAGUUGGUGUAACUGUAUAGUAUACAACGACGUUGGUGUAUCUGAAGUAAACACCGAUCCAUUUUACUUUUAUAUAUGUCAAAAAGUGAGCCGCGGUUGGUAUGCAUGUACAUAUAAAUCUUUGGUGCUGUGACAUUUUGGUCAAUGGUUGUAACAAGAAAAAACUUCAUAACAAAAAUGUAUCAUUUACGAGAUAACCUGUUAAACUGUACAUCAAAUGUACAAAUAGUUUUGUUCUAUGCAAUUAUGAAUAUGAUCGGUUUUGUAAAACGGUUUGUGCAAAUGUGAAUAUUCUCGUGUUUUUGCAAAUUUGAAAAUUGUCGGUUUGUGCAAAUGUGAAUAGCAAUCGCAACGUUUCGGUCCUUUCCGAUAGUCUUCGGAUAAGGUCAUUAUAGAAAAUAGCCGAGGAUGUUCCGAUUGUUGUGAAAAGGUAUCGUCAUGAGAAAAUGUGAAUAUUGUCGGUAUGUCCGAAAGUGAAUAUGUAUCUUUAUGUGCAAAUGUGCAAAUGUGAAUAAUUAUCGUGGAGUGUAAAUGCGAAUAUUUAUUUGUGUGUUUGUUUGUUUGUUUGAGUUAUACGCAUUAUUUCCUGUAUUAUAUUAUAUAUUUUAACUUUUCUUAGAAGAAUAAAAGGCUAGAAAGACUUAAGUCUAUAACUUCA